AAAAUCAGGAAUAGCUUGAGGAUCUUGUUCCCUGAUACCCGUGUGACAUCUUUCCAUUGCUCGCAUCGCUCUCACAUCGAUCAUCUCCUCUGAUUCUCGUUCGCAUCACAUCGUUCACUCAGAACCCUAAAUCGCAGUGGUUAUAGGUCUUCUUCAACCGCCAAGCCUCCACAAUUGUGUGAAGUUUGAGGCACAGUGAAACAAACUGUGAGGAGAGAGGCUUGUUCUCAAGUUGAUAAAAGAAAGAUUCAUUAAGGUUGUCAUUUCCAUAACCUUUGAUUGGAUUUGAGUUGUAUUUUGUGGUAUUUUAUUUUUUGCUCACUGUAGUGAUCACAAGUUCUUCACCGGCUCACGCCCACAAAUCCAAGACAAAAUAUUUCCCCUGUUUGUAUUGUAGAUCUUGAUAAUACCACGUGAUCAGUGACUCCCUCUGUUUUCCCCUGAAUUUUAGAGGGGAAAUUGGGGUUUUGAACAAGUUUGGAAAAUGAGGCGAAGAGCAACAGAUUUUCGAAGGCCAGCGCGGAAAAGGGUUCCUGAUGCGGUGUGGUGGGCAUUAUGCGUUGCAGUGGUUCUUCUCUUUAUCUAUAUUCUGACCAGAGGGACUCAGAUUGAGUCUAGACCGGCUUUGUCCAAGAGAACUUACAAAAAUGAUAGGAUUAUGGAAGGCCUUAAUAUUACUGAAGAGAUGUUAAGUUCAGACUCAGUGACCAGACAACUGAAUGAUCAGAUAUCCCUAGCAAAAGCUUUUGUUAUAAUUGCUAAAGAAAGUAACAAUCUCCAAUUUGCUUGGGAACUAAGUGCUCAGAUCCGCAAUUCACAAAUUCUUCUCUCAAAUGCUGCCACAAGGCGUUCUCCUUUAACAACCAGGGAAUCAGAGACUGCUAUCCAUGAUAUGGCGUUAUUGUUAUUCCAGGCCCAGCAACUCCAUUAUGACAGUGCAACCAUGAUCAUGAGAUUCAAAGCAAAAAUCCAGGCUCUUGAAGAACAGGUGAGUUCUGUAAAUGAAAAGAGUUCGAAAUAUGGACAAAUAGCAGCAGAAGAAGUCCCAAAAAGCUUAUACUGUCUCGGUGUCAGAUUGACAACAGAAUGGUUCAAAAAUCUUAGUUUGCAAAAGAAAUCGAAGGAUAACGGGGUCCGAGAGAUGAAGAUUAAUGAUAGAAAUCGUUACCACUUUUGUGUGUUCUCUGAUAACAUUAUUGCAACUUCGGUUGUAGUCAAUUCAACUGCAAAAAAUUCUAAAAAUCCCAAUAUGAUUGUUUUUCACCUUGUCACUGAUGAAAUAAAUUAUGCUGCGAUGAAGGCGUGGUUUACCAUAAACAAUUUCCGCGGGGUUACUGUAGAAGUUCAGAAGUAUGAAGACUUCACUUGGUUAAAUGCUUCAUAUGUUCCUGUGCUUAAGCAACUUCAAGAUUCAGAAAUACAGAGCUACUACUUUUCUGGAAACAGCGAUGAAGGAAAGACACCUAUCAAGUUUCGUAAUCCCAAAUACCUAUCCAUGCUUAACCACCUGAGGUUCUAUAUCCCUGAAGUUUUUCCUGCACUGAGGAAAAUCGUGUUCCUGGACGAUGAUGUUGUGGUUCAGAGGGAUCUUUCUGAUCUUUUUUUAAUUGAUUUGAAUGGGAAUGUUAAUGGAGCUGUUGAGACAUGCAUGGAGACAUUUCAUAGAUACCAUAAAUACCUGAACUAUUCUCAUCCUCUUAUAAGAGCACAUUUUGAUCCCGAUGCAUGUGGAUGGGCAUUUGGGAUGAAUGUAUUUGAUUUGGUUGAAUGGAGGAAAAAGAAUGUAACUGGCAUCUACCACUACUGGCAGGAAAAGAAUGUAGACCGGACACUCUGGAAACUCGGUACUUUGCCACCUGGACUAUUGACAUUUUAUGGAUUAACCGAGCCUUUGGAUCCAUUGUGGCAUGUACUGGGUUUCGGCUACACAAACAUUGAUCCUCAGUUGAUAGAGAGAGGGGCUGUACUACACUUCAAUGGCAACUCCAAACCUUGGUUGAAGAUUGGGAUUGAAAAAUACAAGCCCAUAUGGGAAAAACACAUUGACUACUCUCAUCCCUUUUUGCAGCAAUGCAACUUUCAUUGAUUCUGUAUUAAGGUUUAUUAAUUGGAACUUCAUAGUUCAAAUCUUGGUGGAAGAUUUGGGUUCACAAGCACUAGUGCCAGUUGGUGUGUAUGGGAAUACAUCAUUGAACAUUCCAAACCUCGACUGAAACAGUGACACUAUUAUUGAUCUGUGGAGCUGGGAGGUUAAAUGAUCUUUAGAUUCCAAAUCUAAUGGAGGUAUUUAUGUUGCAGUAAAAAACGCGCUUACAAUUUUCAAAGUUCAAGCAUGUUCGGCGGCUAUAACAUGGUUAUAGCAUAUCAAUGUUUAUUUCUUUUAAACGCAAUAUCAGUCAGUUCAUAGUUUCUUCUUUGUGAUUUUAGUCAGAGUUGGGAUCAGCUGUAAUUUAUUUUUUCUACUAGUACCACCACCAUUUCCACUAAUACUCAUUGUAAGACCUGAUGCACUAUUUAAUAGAUGUAAAUCUAUAUUCCAUUCAUCCACUUAAAGGGUU